GAAAUGUUGUGGUCCAGGGGGCUUUGUUGUUGAUGGUAGCAUUUUUCGUUUGCUUCAUGGUCCAGUGAACUCAGCGAAGAUUUUGAAUUGGCAAAAUGUCGGAAUUACAUUAUUAUAGUUCUACUGCUGACACGAGUUCAUGCUUUCGGGUGUCCGGAAUGCAAAGUGAAGAGGAAGCUCGUGCUAUUGAGACAGCUGUCAGAGCUGCUGUACUAAGUGUGGUUGAUGUGAUCAAUAACAUUUACACAAGUCGACUGGUGGAUUACCAAAGAAAGGUUACAGAAAAGGACAACGAGAAUGCUCUCCUCAAAGCAGAAGUUUCCAGGGCAGAGAAAGAACUCGCAUUUCUGCGGGGAAAGGCAGAUUCCCAGCAAGAUGAAGAUGUCAGAUUUCCAAGCACUGAUGUAGUUCUAGACCUGGAACUACAUGAAAAUCCAUUUAUUGUGGCCACACAUCGUCCUACCAAACAUGCAACGACAACAGGGCCUCUUCAAAGCAACGUCAAACAGUCCAAAAGGUUGAGCGCUGCUGAAAGGCAGAGGCGGUAUCGUGCCCGUAGAGACGCAGACCCCAGGAGAAGGGCCGAAUACCUUGAAAGGCACAAACAGAAAUGGAUGAAUGACAAGUUGCUGGGAAAGGCGAAACGUAUCGACGAGUACAGCCCGAAAGAAAAGCUUGCAAUACGAAAGAGGUGGAGAUUAGCCCAGGAAAAGAGCAGGGCGUCAAAAGUCAGUAAGCAGUUGCAAGUGGCACUGAACCCUGAACAGUCACCGCCACAAUAUCCAGGUGCUAAUACUGAAUUCCAGUAUGAAUGUUUGAGUCUGGACACAUUUCCCUCAAGUCCACGUGACGUGGAUACAGGCUCUCCAGAGUCUCCAAGCCCAGACACUGUUUACAUUAAGUGUGAAGUAAAGGAGGAGAACACCAGUGACUUUCUGGAGGACAUGUCUACUGAUCAAUACCACAGUGAUCCUCAUUCAUCAUGGACUCUGGAGAGGGAGACACCUGAGAACUACAGUUUUACCCACCAUCACCCAUCAGAGGUCCAGACUCAUACAAGAAGUCCCUCCAGGCGAGAAAAAGAGAAGCAUGAUGUUAUCUGAGGAAAUCGUGAGAGCUCAAGACGUUACAGAGAGAGGAUCCGUGUUGAUCCAGCACCAAGCACCAAGCCUACCUGUAGCAGGAGGGACGCAGGUACACACCCUAAAGCAAAGCUCCAGUCUAGUGUCAGACAAGUCAUCGGGAAAAAAAUCACACAGACUGUGAACCAGCAAUAAUGGUUGUUCAUUAUUGUUAUUAAUAUUUAUGUUGUGAUUUUUGUGUUCUGUGCAUUCCACUGUGUAUGUGGUGAUGUAUUAAUAUGUUGGUGUAUAAUAUGCCCUAUAAAACCACCAAGUGUGUCGGCAUGUGGUUCUGCCUAGUGCAGUCAAUAAAAGGCAAUUCUUUUUAUUACCGUAUUGUCCCGUACGACUGCUUCAGGAAAG